CAAAGCUAGCCCAUCUUCCCACCCCGCAGCUUGUCUACCGUAGUAUUCAGGAAGCUUGCUCCAAACACAGCAUGCUCUCUAGAUUGAACUGACUAACGCUCUCACAUUCGCUUCAGAGGCACACAAAAAGUCCUGAGCUGGAGUGAUGGCGCGGGUCGGCAAGGCUCUGCGCGCUAGCCGCGUCACGCGGCCUCGCGCCCUCGCGCCCCCGCGAAAGCGCAGCAUCCACACGCUAUCGGUCAGUCCACCAAGUGACACAUCGUCGAUGCUGGGGAAGCUCGAUACCCGACAGCCUCACCAGGUCCUGCUUCUUGCACAGGUCAUAACAGCUCGUACAUCGCCUUUGCAAAGCACAGUGCAAUGACAUCGCGCCGAAGCGGCGAGGGGCACGUAGACCUUCACCAGCUCAGGUGCCCCGGCAGACGUCGCCACAUCCAGCAAAGACAUAGUUUUUGAGCUUCGUAGCUUGCGAAUGGCAGUGAAGCGCCGGUCGAGGUGGACAGGGGACGGGCAAGCGGCUGUAUGCGCUGAGCGCGUACGAAUGGUGUGCUCAAAGCUCAAGAGAACAGGUCAGGAAGGAAGUCAAGGCGGAUCGGUUAAGAUGUGAGAGUGAGUCAUCCUUCCGUGGCUGGCGCGUUCGUACUGGGAGACACGUGGCUAGCUCUCAGUCAUCGUCUCGGAGCUUUGAGAGCACAGCUGACACCAAGCCAUGGUCAGCAGGUGGCACCGCGCGCCUGUUGCAGAAGCAAAGGACUGCCAGGGCUCAUCCGAAGAUGGUCCCGGCAUGAGUUGUCACGAGCGUUCAAAUCACAUAAGCCUACGCAGCGUGCAGGACCCAUCCAUGCAUCCUAUCUUCCGCAAGGCUCUCACCGAGGUAUUGUACGGGGCAUGGCACAUGGCGUCUGAGCCUGUCCGCCUUUCAGACCAUUCCAGCCCCGAGUAACAGCUACAGUCUGGGGCGUUGCAGCUCACCUCAACUGUCUUGUCCUGCUCGGCACUCGAGACAGAUGUCGCGAAGGUCAACAUGGGAAGAGCGAGGGCCAAUGCCCCCAUGACCCACAGCGCCAAACUGGAUUGGGCGUGCAUCUUCCUCCAAGGAAUCCGCCUCCGCUCUCAUCUCCAUCCGCAUUCUUAAUCUCGCACAGCGUCUCGACGCGCACAAGUCCGGACUACUUGCGUUUUCGGCAAGCACCCGCUUCCGCCCGCUGCGCUGUACAGGCACGAGCAAGGUGACCUGCUCUGUUCCAGCUGACCAAAGUAGGCUAUGGCGAGCUGCCCAGCGCAGUCCGGAACACCUAGCAGAAACGGGAGAGUCGCUUCGCCGUUUUUUUUUCUUGCCAGCGGAGCAACUGUUCUUUCUCGGACUGUCGGGUAUCGUUGAACUCGUGGAAGCACAAGGGCUCGCCGGGUUGGAUUGCUAAGUGGCGGGUCUAAUGGUCGAUAGAGAGAUGCUGAUCUCGUGAGUUCGGCAGCUAUUUGACUAGGGCACAACAGACCAGAGCGCACCGCCCAAGCUACUUACACUUUUCAUCCAACACUUCUUAGCUGCGAUGCUCGCACCCAUGCUUUCCCACCACCGCUGCGUGUGUAGACUGCCUGCGCGCACGCCUCGGUUAGGAAUGGCUACUCGAGGUCAGUCGGUCGACAAGGCAGAUCCUAGAGACGCAACGCUCGCAGGUGCGGAAACACAGCGAAAUCAGCCAGGACCUCCCCUACUCUUCGGAGCCCUCUUGACGCCUUGCUCUCGCCGAAUUGCUACAGAUAAAAGAUUGGCAUACCUCUUCGCUCGCGCAUGACCGAGCGCAGCAGCAGGGUUUUGAGCGGACAACAAGCUCAUGAGUAGGGAUCACAUUGGGUGAGAAGACUGUAGACAACUUAUGUAGUCCAAUGGCGGGUAUGCAAAGAGUAGCGCGGAACAGAUGCGGAAGCGAAGCUACUGCGCACAAU